GUCAGUUAGGGGCGUGCAAGAUCUGUACGGGCCUCUUUCUGUCAGCUUUGUGCUCAUCACUCAAAACCUCACUUAUUUUACAAAUAUCAUGUUUAGUGUUAAAUCAUGCUGGAGUAUCACAAUGUAUGCCGAGAGCUUCAUUAAACUCACCCGUGGGGAAGUAAUGGAUGAGUUCAGAAAUGGAAUGUCCCCUUGAAUCUCCAUUGCUGUCCCAAGCAUCUUCAGUCCCUGCCACUUUCUCUGCACCUACUUCAUCCAGUAGCCACACCCAUUUAACUAUGACCCCGCCCCCACACAUUGCUUCUCAGACAGGUCGAUCCCAGCUAAAUGCAGCCAGCAAUAUUCACAGUGGCUUCCCAGGACAGUCAUCUUUUCCUCAUCAAGGGGAAACCCCAGAGGAGCUAAGCAUUGACGAGCUUAAACAGAGGGCUAAAAUUGGAGAUGCCAAGGCACAGACGGAGAUUGGUAGGUAUUACUUGAGAGUAGCAGAACAAGAAGAUGAAGAGAUAAACGAUGUUACUGCAGUAACAUGGCUGCUUCAGGCAGCCAAAAAUGGCCGUAAAGAUGCAGUGAAACUUCUGCAGCGGUGCCUGCAUGAGAAGAGGGGCAUCACAGCUGAAAACAGGGAUGAAGUGCGCUCCCUGGCCUGCGAGUCUCGCUUUGAGCGCAGUGUCAGGAAAGCAGCUCUGCUUAUGUACUGGAAACUUAAUCCAGAGAGAAAGAGAAAGAUAACUCCCUCUGAACUUCUAGAAAACAUGAGCCAACUCAACGAUGAGACUGAUGGCGCUUCAAGCAGCCCUCUUUCAAGCCCAUUACAAAAACAAAGAAAGGUUUUGGAGAGUUUGGUCUCAAAAGAUGGGGUUGACUAUGUGGGUGUAGAAGAGUUUGUUGAGAACACUAAGCAAUAUGCUCAGGGAAUUUCACCAACACCUGUCAUGGAAGGGGUGGCAGGUGAUGAUGAUGAUGAUGACGAAGAGCCAAUAAAAAACCCAAAUGAACUGCCUUUGCAUCAAAAGGUGUUGAAGUUUCCCCUUCAGGCAGUGCUGGAGGUGAAAGAAGUCUUGAUUGACUGGGCGUCGCGUGCGGGCAUGCAAUGGAUUAGCGCCCUCAUACCCACUCAUCACGUCAACACCCUGAUCUUUUUCUUCAUCAUCUCCAAUCUUACCUUGGAGUUCUUCGUCCUUGUCAUACCUCUCAUGAUAUUCUACCUCUCCUUUUUCUCAAUGGUAAUCUGUACGCUCAGAGUCUUCCAAAACAGCAAGGCAUGGGAGAACUUCCGAGCAUUAACUGCAAUGUUGGCUCAUUUCGAGCCAGGGAUAGACCUCGAGCAGGCAGAGUCCAACUUCACAUGGAACCACUUAGAGCCGUAUCUCUACUUCCUCCUCUCUGCACUAUUCCUCAUCGUAUCGUUUCCUUUAGCGGAUAAUUCCUGGCUGCCAUGUUCUGAACUGGCCACAGUUGCAGUCUUCUUCACUGUAAGCAGCUACUUAAGUCUAAGACCAGCAGCACAGCAACAGGCCAAAUUUGCUUUGCUGUCCCAGGUUGCAUCAGCCCUUUGCACCUUCAUCAGUCUGCUGGUGGGAGGCUGGUUGGGCCGUAUAGUUGGUGGUGCUUGGUUAUCCAUACGCCUGGGUGACUUCUUGGUACUGCACUUGGGAGUGCCUUGUAUUUUGUAUCUCUACCUCCUGUACCUCUGUACCAAUAUGGCCACAGCAGGUGGGGUUCGUGGCUCCUACUGUGUGCUGCUGCCCUACCUAGUGUGCUUUAUCUGGUGUGAGCUGUCUGUCAAACUAUUGGUAGAGUCCACAGCUUUGGGACUGAUGCGCACAGCUGUGGGAUACCUCCUUUUCUUUUUUGCCUUGCCAGUGGUGUCACUGGGUCUAGCAGCUGUACUCCUAGUGCAGAUUGUGCAAUGGUUCCUCGCCCUGGAACUGCCAAAAAUGGUUGUAACUGUGUGUGUUUGUGUGCUGCCUGUCCUGCUGCGAUGGUGGACGCGUUUUAGCGUGUCGCCUCUGGCAGUGUUGCGCUCAUUGCAGAGUAGCAGCGUGGUAAAGUUGAUCCUUGUGUGGAUCUCAGCUCUGGUGCUCUUUAGCUGGUUCUACGUGUACCGUUCAGAGGGAAUGAAGGUUUACAACUCCACUCUGACGUGGCAGCAGUACAGUGACAUGUGCGGCCCACGUGCAUGGAAAGAGCGCAACAUGGCUCAUGCCCAGAUCCUUUGCAGCCACCUGGAGGGCCACCGCGUUACGUGGGAAGGCCGGUUUAAGUACAUUCGGGUCACUGAGAUUGAGAACGGUGCGCAGGCUGUCAUCAACCUCCUGCCGGUAUUUAUAGCAGAUUGGGUCCGCUGUCUUUAUGGGGAGGAGUACCCUGCCUGCGACACAACUGAGUUGGGGCCCACUGAACCACUAUGUCAGCUCAAGAGCCUUGCAAAGCACAAGUGCCAUGUCAAACGUUUUGACCACUACAAGUUUGAAGUGACUUUGGGGAUGCCGCAAGAGAAAAAGGGACGUAAUGAUAUUGAAGAUGCAACCAAAGACAUUGUGCUGAGGGCUAGUCACGAAUUUCGACGUGUUUUACUGGGGCUCAGUUCAGGCAGCGUUGUGGAGUUCAGUACAGUACUCGAAGGCAGACUGGGAAGCAAAUGGCCAGUGUUUGAGCUCAAAGCGCUGCAUUGCAAGACCUGUGCUUCGCCACUCAUACCAAUACAACGGCAGGUCAAGAUAGAGCAUGACUGGACGGUUAACGCUAGAAAUGCCAUUGCAUUCGCCUUCAAUUUUCUAUUCCACCCCCUGCUCUCGAUUGAGGUGGAGGGGGCUUAUACAGAAGUAUGAAACUGGUUUUCUGAUGAACAGAGGACUUUGGAAUACACUGCAGUAUUAAACAGGAAUUUGAAGUGCAGGGAGUCAAGGAGAGGGCAAAUGUACUUGUUUUUGUUUGAUGAAAGUAGCAUCAGAGGCAAAUAAGCUGUCAUGACAAUGAACUAACAGAGAAGGAUCUGCUGGAGGAACCAGACAAACAGGGAACACUACGAUCCCAGAACUGUUUUCACAAAACUGAUGUCACUGCUAAUGAAUUUCAUGUUAAACAUAGGGAAAUGCAUAAUUAUAUGAUUGACUUUAAAUAUAGUGAAUAGGUUUCAUAUACUUAAUUUGCUUUUAUUAGUAAGAGUUUUGAUGACGUGUGGGUAUGUAUAUGUAUUUCAUUUGUGCCUUAGAUGUUUUUUAAGGUAAAAAUUGGUAAAUAGGGUAUAAUUGCUGAAAAUGUAAGGUAUAUAGCAUAAUUCUGAAUCUGUGAAAAUAAUGUGUGGUACAUGUUUUUCUAAAAACUGAGACAAGGUCUUACUGGCAUUGAAAUCUCUAGGUCUAUCUGGCAACUGAUUAGACAAAUCUUUAAUGGGCUGUGACUACAUCGAAAGCAUUGCACAAUAUUAAAGCAUUAUAUGUUGUGAUUGAA